AUGGAUACACCUUUACUUGUCACACAAAUUCCUAUCACCACAGAAGAGCUUCACAUAUUUUAUCGUAUUGAACGUGAGCUAUUUUGUUUUUUGAUCUUCAAACUUCACUAUGAAGUAACUCAAUCUCUUUUAGUCAUGGCACUAUGGCUUUGGCUAGAAAAAAUUGGGUACCAUAACCUUGUUCAUAAAGUAGCAGUUUUACAAGGUACCCUUAUUAAUGCCCUAGUGAGUGAAGCCCUAACUUGUUUGCAAUUUUUGGAGAGGGAUGACCCUCCUAUUCCAAUUGGGGGUGGUUUGCCCUUGACCAAAAUGCUCAUGAAAAAAAACAUCUCUCUUGAGAUGUUUACCUUGAAAAGGUACACUGCAAUAACUGGCAUUAAAAUCGCUCUAAACAAUACAUGCGCUCGAGUUUUUAAUGAUGUUUUGCAGAUAGCUCUGAAAAGGAAAAUCAUAAUCGAAACACGAGGUUUUACCACAUCACGAACUCACGCACACAAUACGACCUUGAUUCUUCCAGGUUUUCCUCACCCUUUAUUUGGCAGCUUUGAUUUGGUACCAAGAAUCGAGAACAUAGGUUUGUCUCAUGAAAGUAUAUGGAUUCAAAAGAAACCCUAUGAUGAUGCUACGAAUGAUGAUAAAUCCUUGUUUCUCACAUUCUCUAGAGGCUUCCCUGUGUCAGAAAUGGAGGUGAGGUACUUGUUCAACACUAAUUAUGGGGAUUGUGUGCAAAGUUUGAUCAUGGGGGGAAAUCAUGUAAAGAAUGAUCAACCUCUAUUUGCAAUUAUGGUAUUGAAAAUGGUGGAAAUUGUGGAUCAAAUUUUGUCUGGGAAGCGUGUUGCUAAGCUUCAUAUCAAUGGAAAACACAUAUGGGCUCGCAAGUACGAGCCUCGUCCUUGA